GAAUGGUUAUAAAACAUUUUAAAAGAAGUGUUUUCAAUCCGUUAAAAUAACGUUUUGAUACACAGACCUGCGCAUGCGCAGUGCUCCGCGGAAGGAUAUAGCGGCGCACAGCAGCAGCAGACAGAAGGAGCAGAAGUAUAUAAAGAUGCGCCUGGUGAGUUUUGUUGCCUUCCUCCGACUGACAAAAAGUUUAAGCAACUUUUAAAGUAAAUAUUCCAGAGGAAUGCUUAAACCAUGAGUGCCAAACAAAAGGUCUGUUGACACUUUUUUUUAGAUUAAAUUGGACUCUGUGUAAUGCUUGACACUCUAGACUGCAGAAGAAGAACAAACUGCAUAGAAAAUAAUGUAAAUUGCGUGAAAUGACUUCAGUCCCCACUGGCAGUGUUUCAUAGCGACUCCUGGCUGAACGCCAUCAGGCCCGGGGUGAGUUCCUCCCAGCAGUCCGGCUCACUUCCUGUCCUGCGUUCGAAGGGGGGGGGGGUGUGUAAGGUGUCAUAGGGCUCUGGCUCAGCUUCCAGUUGUCACCUGGUGCAGCGUGCAGUGCUCCGGAGCGCCACCCAGCUGCCCACGGGGGGACGGGGACGUGGAUGCGCCACUGCUCCCGUCAGCCUGCAUGUAAAUAUUCAUGUGUUCAUUCAUUCCACGGCCGUUCACCCAGUGUAACUGCAACAUCUGAGAGAGAGAAAUGUUCAGCCAGGCCGUCCGCUUCGCUCCAGUUGAAUCACUCCGGUGUGUGUGUGUGUGUGUGUGUGUGUGUGUGUGUGUGUGUGUGGGAGGGCGUGAGAGUGAGCGAGGGAGAAAGUGCACGCAGCUCUCAGUCAUUCAUCUCUCAGAGGGAGGAGAGGAAACUACAGCAGGAGAGGGCAAGAAGCUUCUGUCUUUUUUUAUAGGACAAAUGAACUUCUCCAGUCGGUGUUUGAGUCUGGACGCCUCUCAGAGCAGCUCCUCUCCAGCUCCUCCUCUCCUUCACCUCCUCUCCAGCUCCUCUCCUCCUCGCUGCUCCUCCGGCUGAAACCUGUGGUGCUGCUCAGACUCUUCUCCCCGGUCUCGUCUCUCUCCAGACCUCUGGCUGCCGUUCAGAGUUCAGGUGACCUCAGGAGGACCGGCCUCACAUCCCCGAGCUCCGGGAAGGGAAGAGGAGGAGGAGGAAGAGGAGGAGGAGGAGGAGGGCGCGUCCCACUGAGGAAGAGCAUCCUCCACCCUGAAGCAACAGGACUUCAGAAAUCUGAUCAAAACAAACAGACUGAGACUCUAAAAGGGGCCGAGGUUGACUCGUCCGGGGAUAUCUGCGACCGGAGAGCGAGACCCGGGACGGCCCAGACCGCGCUGCAGAAUGGAUCUCCCACCAAUCAGAGGUUUAUCUGAUGUGCCGUGAGCACCCUGACCCCGCCCCGGCCUCCAGCCCCGGUGCCGUCCAGCGUCACCAGGAUGGACCCGACUCACUCCCUGAGGAUGGAGCUGGACUCCGUGCUGUCGCUUGACCAGAUACGUGCCAUCCGGGCCAACAAUGACUAUGUGGACAGGCCCGUGGCGCUGGAACCCGCAACCCAGUCUGGAUUUUUUUAUGCCCACGAUGACCGAUACCCUCACGGAGUGUACUCCCACCACCCGCAGCCGUCCUUUCCCUCCGCCCUGUCCCGCAGCCAAAGUCAGCAGCAGCACGCUCACCUGUCCCACCUGAGCCGCUCCAGUACGAUAAGCUCUUCCAUGUCUCGGACCAGUGCCACCUCGGAUCAGCGGCUUCUGGCGGGCUUGACGCCGUCUCACUCCGGUCUGGGAUCGGUGGUCCACUCUCAGCCCAAAGGGGAGCUGAAGCCCGACGCCUCGCUGGGUAAACGGCUGGCGGAAGGCGAGGCGGAGCUGGGCCUCCACCAGUUCAUCUGCGAGCGGUGCGGUCGCUGCAAGUGUCAGGAGUGCUGCGCCCCCCGCCGCCUGCCCUCCUGCUGGGCCUGUGGACAGCGCUGCCUGUGCUCAGCGGAGAGCGCCGUGGAGUACGGCACGUGCCUGUGCUGCGUUAAAGGCCUGUUCUAUCACUGCUCGGCCCAGGACGACGAGGAUAACUGCGCCGACAGGCCGUGCUCCUGCGCCCCGGCCCACGCCUGUGCCCGGUGGGGCACCAUGGGGCUGCUGGCGCUGUGUCUGCCCUGCCUCUGCUGCUACCCCCCUGCCAGGCUGUGCCUUGCCCUGUGCCAGUGCACCCACGAUCGGGCCACGCGGCCCGGCUGCAGGUGCAGCAACACCAACACUGUGUGCCGCAAGAUCUCCGCCUCCAAUCCCAACCCCGGCCCCCCCUCGCUCCGCAGCAAAGCCCUGGAGAAGCCCUUAUGACAGGCUUGGACCAGGGCCAGGUGAAGCCGCCUUCCUCUUAGCCGUGGCCAAAGCAACGCUGUCGCCAGUUCACAGUGCCACAGCUGACGUGACGACAGUGCCAUCGUGACCCACCUACCUACACACGACAAACCAACCAACCAACCAACCAACCAACCAACCAACCAACCAACCAACCCACCACCCAACCAACCAACUAACCAACUUACCACCCAACCAACCAACCAACCCACCACCCAACCAACCAACCAACCAACCCACCACCCAACCAACCAACCCACCACCGACUGACCGUUAAGUGUUGUUCACCUAAUGUACCUUGAAUUUUCUUCUUCUCCAGCUCAGGAGGGACCAAAGCUUUACUGUGCCUGUUCAUGUUGAAGACUUCAUGCCUGAAAAAACAACCACAAAGAACUGAAGUCAUCUUGAAGAAGACCCUGUCAUGCUUUGCUGGACUGCCCUUCGACCUUAAACAAGACUUCUAGAAAAGAAAUCACCUCUCUCCACAUUCUGUGGUGUAGUCUGGGCGUGUUGGGAUCUAUUUAUUUAUUGUUUCACCUCCUUCCUUCCCGCCCUUUGCACAGAGAGGGGCAAUGGACCAAAUCAGGGAGGAAAGAUGCCCGUGGCAAAGCGGAGGGUCUUUGCCAACAGCCUUUCUAUGGAAAGAAGCUCCGAAGGAGAGACUGAGGUUAAAACAAAAAAAAAAAAAAAACAGCACAAAAUGUUCCAGAUGAAUGAAUGAGGAACCCAGACUGGGUCUCAGCAAAGUACAAUGGCUUCAAGUGGGAACAAAAUCAAGGCAACACAAGCAAGAACAGUUCAGCACCAAAAAGGGACCAUGCACUGUACGAACCGAGCGAAUUUCCAAGCUGUGGAGCUCAUUUGUAAGAGAAGAGAAGCACUGUGAGGUAGAUGGACAAUGUUUCCCCGGCCAAGAGCUGAAUGGGGGAUUAUUUAACCAGAGGGAGGGUGCAUCCAUUGUGACUGGGCAGCGAGCGUGUGUGUCUGUAUGUGUGUGUUCUCCUACUGUACAACAACCUGUGUUAU